UUUAAUACUUGUUCAGUUGCUCCAUACAGAAGAAGACAGGACAGGACUACUUCGUGAGAGAGUUUAAUUAAAACUAAAACCAGACCUUUGCCAUUUUUUCCUCUCACCAUCUUCUUCAUUCUUCCCAUUUUUCCUCUUCUAGCCAUUACCCAAAACGGGUCUGGCCUCCCUGAUGCAAGUUCCUGACAACUUUUUUUUUUUGCAACCUUGUCGGUUUUCUUUAAGAUGGAGCUUGUUAUCAAGUUUUCUUCCCCACCAUUUCACUACCAAGCUUGCCUUGUCAUUGUUACCAAACCACAAAAUGGGUAAUGCAACUAGCUAUCAUCCUGUCCCCAUCAACGAAGAUGUCCUUCCUCAACCUCAAGUCAACAUCUCGGUGGCGGACGAGCAUGAAGCUGGUGAAAACUGCUGCACCAGCUUCUACAAACGAUUCGGAUGGUUCCACUACAUCGCAGGGGCAAUGACUGUUAGGGAAACAGUAUGGAAGAGAACGAUUGAAGAAGUGAUUAGAUCACUCUCCUUAGAGUAUUUAUUUGCCCACUACUUCGUUGCUCGUAGGAUUUAGGCAAACCACCCCCAGGAGUCCCUCCAAUCAAAUUCAGAAAGCAACACCUUUUGUGACUUCUGUGUUUGUGUUUUUGGAGAAGGAAAAACAAGGAGAAGAAGAUGAACGUUGGAAGAGAAAUUCGGCUGCAGACUUUUAUAGUGAAAAUGGCAGUUCCCUUCCGAAGGGUUACGUCGUUUCACAAAAUUCAAAAUCAAAUAAUUACAAAAGUUAAUUUAAACAAAAGCUAAACAGUAAACACAAGUCAUCCGCUCACAUGGGAAUCAAAGAAUGACCAAGUCAAACAAUAUAAAGAAAAAUUCAACAGAAAAAACAUAUAAAGAAAAGGAAAAACAAAUAUGACACUUCUCCAUUUAAUACUUGUUCAGUUGCUCCAUACAGAAGAAGACAGGACAGGACUACUUCGUGAGUGAGAGAGAGAGAGAGAGAGAGAGAGAGAUUAAUUAAAACUAAAACCAGACCUUUGCCAUUUUUGCCUCUCACCAUCUUCUUCAUUCUUCCCAUUUUUCCUCUUCCAGCCAUUACCCAAAACGGGUCUGGCCUCCCUGAUGCAAGUUCCUGACAACUUUUUUUUUGCAACCUUGUCGGUUUUUUUUAAGAUGGAGCUUGUUAUCAAGUUUUCUUCCCCACCAUUUCACUACCAAGCUUGCCUUGUCAUUGUUACCAAACCACAAAAUGGGUAAUGCAACUAGCUAUCAUCCUGUCCUCAUCAACGAAGAUGUCCUUCCUCAACCUCAAGUCAACAUCUUGGUGGAUGACGAGCAUGAAGCUGGUGAAAAUUGCUGCACCAGCUUCCACAAACGAUUCGGAUGGUUCCAAUACAUCGCAGGGGCAAUGGCUGUCAGGGAAACAGUAUGGAAGAGAACGAUUAAAGGCGUGAUUAGAUCACUCUCCUUAGAGUGUUUAUUUGCCUCCACUACUUCGUUGCUGGUAGGAUUUAGGCAAACCACCCCCAGGAGUCCCUCCAAUCAAAUUCAGAAAGCAGCACCUUUCGUGACUUCUUUGUUUGUGUUUUUGGAAAAGGAAAAACGAGGAGAAGAAGUUGAACGUUGGAACAGAAAUUCGGCUGCAGACUUUUAUAGUGAAAACGUCAGUUCCCUUCCGAAGAGUUACGUCGUUUCGCAAAAUUCAAAAUCAAAUAAUUACAAAAAUAAAUUGAAACAAAAGCUAAACAGUAAACAAAUGUCAGCCGCUCACAUGGGAAACAAAGAAUGACCAAGUCAAACAAUAUAAAGAAAAAUUCAAC